AUGUCUAUGUCGAUGAAAUGGGCUUUUGCCGCCGAACGUGGUGGCCUCACCGUCCCUCCAAUCCAUGUGCACAACAUAGCCGAAAGAUUUAUAACUGACUCAGGGCACCAGUCACACAUCACUCCCUUGGUCGAAGAGAGCUCUCCACCCGAAAAGCGCGUUAAAGCUGAUCUUACAGCACACGGGGUCAACAGGAUUGCCCCUGCCGCGGGAAUGGGCUAUGUUGCUGCGGCAUGCUCAUCUGGUCGAGGUCUUGUCGCAUAUGGCCAUGUCUGA